UGUUUUUUUGCGAUUCUGCUCUGCGUGGUAGUAACGUUGUAAGCGUCGUUAUUAGAUUUAUACAAUUGUUGAUGAUUUAAAGUUGUUUUUUUUUUAGUUGUUGUAAUAUUUGUACAGUUUUGUAAAUAAUUUUAUAAUGAUGAAUAAUAAUUCACCACAGAGGAAAAGUAGCAAUACUAGGGAUAUUCCAGGAAGAGUUGUUAUUAAUGAUGCUUCUCAAUUACCUAUAGACUACUCAUCUACACCUGGUGGAACCAUUUUUUCAACAACUCCUGGUGGUACCAGGAUUAUAUAUGAAAGAGCAUUUUUAAUGCAGAUGCGCAACUCGCCUAUUGCUCGAACUCCACCAAAGAACUUACCCAACAUACCUGGGAUUACUAGUCCAAAUAAUGUGAAACCAAAGGAAAAUGGUACAGUUCAGCCUUCUGAAGAAAAACAAGAAAACAAUGAUGAAGCUCUGUUCUCCAUGGAUGUGUGAAGUACAACUAAAUCCUGAAAUAUAAAGCUUAAACCUUGGAUUUUCCGUGCCAUUUUUUUUUUUUUUUUUUUUUUUAACUACUUUGAUUUUGAGCCAUCUUUCUGCUUGUCAGAAAACCCUUGAGUUGGAAGUCGCAGAUCUGUGUACUGCCAAAUUUGUUAUAAUUUGAUUUCUAGUUGUGAAACUACAUGUUAUUCUUGUUUUUGUGUUUUUGGCCCGGUUAUUAAUUCGAUUUUUUUUUUUAUUUUAAAAUUUUAUGUCAAGUCAGUUUUGACUCUGUGUUCUGUUAAAAAAUGCCAAUAUUGAAUUUAUAUUACUGAUAUUGAUAUAUACUUACUACUUUGAUUUAUUUUUGUUGCACGGCCAAGGUUAGCGAAACAGAUGUUUGCUUUUUAAUAAUAAAAGAAACCAUUACUUUUUUGGUUUAA